AUGGAAGCAAUCCUAGCCUCCACUACUGCAGACUUGUUGAUAGGCAAGAUAGUGUUGGCCACUGAGAACGAAGCAUCAUUGAUCAGAGGGCUUAGAGAUGAGCUUGAUGAAAUCAAGGAGGAGUUUAUAGGCAUGAAAGCUUUUCUACAAGAUGCUGAUAAAAAAGGGGUCCUCACUAAAGCAGAGAGCACAUGGGUGGCUAGCAUCAGAGACCUAGCAAAUGAGGUUGAAGAUGUUAUAGAUGAGUUCAUGUAUCACAUGAACAAGCAACAUAAUGGGGACAAAUUCAGUAGGCUUCUUUACCAGACAAUUUGCCUUCCAAAGAAUCUAUGGGUGAAGCAUCGAAUCGCCACAAAGUUACAAAAGAUCAAGAGAAAGAUCAAAUUCACUUAUGAAAGAAGAAAACGUUUGGCUAUCGAACAAAUAGAAGGAACGAGCUCUAUUGAUGUUCAAAAAACAUUGUUUAACUAUGCAGAGUCAUCUUUCUUUAUCAAGGAGGACAAGUUGGUGGGGAUUGAGGAUGAUAAUAAACUUCUUGUCAAAUGGCUGACGGACGAAGAACAGCAAUGCAGUACUGUUAUUUCAGUGGUAGGAAUGGGUGGUUCGGGUAAGACCACUCUAGUCUCCAAGGCCUUCAAUAGCCGAAUAGUAAAACGGCAUUUUGAUUGUCAGGCGUGGAUCACUGUCUCCCAAAAAUAUGUUGUUGAUGAUUUACUGAGAAGAAUGAUUGAGGAAUUCUACGGCGCUACCAAGGAAGCAGUUCCUACCAAUUUAAACAUGAUGGGAUUCAGAGAGUUGGUUAGUACACUGCUUACUUAG